AAGCAACUGACAAACUGUCACGGAAUCUGCCAGACCUCACUCUGGCCUUACCCCUUCUCUCUGGUCCCUGAAGUUUUCCUCCUUCUGUCAUGUUCAAGUCCAUUCCUAGCAAACUGCCAGGUCCCCAGCUUCUGGUCUGUAGCCAUCCUGGGCCAGCUGAGCUCUGAUCCAAGUGUCUGCCUCUGCCCUGUGGUGGCCUGAUGACUGAGCUUCAUGGAGGUAUCCCCCACCCCCUCUUCUGACAUCAGUCCAGGAAACUAUGUUGAAGUAAAUGAUUCGCCCACUCACAUACCCUCUAAAGUGGUGAUACAAGAUAUUACUAUGGAGUUACACUGCCCACUGUGUAAUGAUUGGUUUCGUGAUCCACUGAUGCUAGGCUGUGGCCACAAUUUCUGCCAAGCCUGUAUUCAAAGCUUCUGGAAGCUGCAUGCAAAGGAAACAUUCUGUCCUGAGUGUAAAAUGAUAUGUCAAUAUAGCAACUGUACAUUCAACCUUGUACUGGAGAAGCUGGUAGAGAAGAUUAAGAAGCUACCCCUACUCAAGGGCCAGCCACAGUGCCCAGAGCACGGUGAAAACCUGAAACUGUUCAGCAAGCCAGAUGGGAAACUGGUCUGCUUUCAAUGCAAGGAUGCUCGGUUGUCUGUGGAGCAGUCUAAGGAGUUCCUGAAAAUCUCUGAUGCUGUUCAUUUCUUUACGGAGGAACUUGCCAUCCGUCAGAGUCAACUGGAGGUAACCCUGAAGGAGCUACAGUCCCUGAAGAACAUGCAGAAAGAUGCUAUUGCUGCUUACAAGGAAAACAAGAUACAUCUGCAGCAACAUGUGUCCUUGGAGUUUCUGAAGCUACAUCAGUUCCUGCACAGCAAAGAAAAGGACUUUUUAAAUGAGCUCCGGGAAGAAGGGAAAAUCCUGAAUGAAGAGAUGGAGCUGAAUCUGAACCAGCUUCAGGAGCAAUGCUACCUAGCCAAGGAAAUGUUGGUGAGCAUUCAGGCACGGAUGGAACAGCAGAACUCCUUCGACUUCCUCAAAGACAUCACAGCUCUUUUGGAUAGUUUGGAGAAAGGAAUAAAUGCACUGGCACCCAGAGAGCUUAUCUCCAAAAAGCUGAACCCAGGCCAGUUCAAAGGUCCCAUCCAGUACAUGAUAUGGAAGGAAAUGCACUCCACUCUGUCUCCAGGCCUAUCUCCAUUAACUCUGGACCCUAAAACAGCUCACCCAAAUCUGGUGCUCUCCAAAAACCGAACCAGUGUGUGGCAUGGUGACAUUAAGCAGUUAAUGCCCGAUGAUCCAGAGAGGUUUGAUUCUAGUGUGGCUGUGCUGAGUUUAGACGGUUUCACAUCUGGAAAAUGGUACUGGGAAGUAGAAGUAACAAAGAAGACCAAGUGGACACUGGGAGUCGUCAGGGAAUCCAUCAUUAGGAAGGGCAGCUGUCCUCUAACUCCUGAGCAAGGAUUCUGGCUUUUAAGACUAAGGAAUCAAACUGAUUUGAAAGCUCUGGAUUUGCCUUCUUGCAGUCUGAAGCUGAGUAACAACCUCGACAAGGUGGGCAUAUACCUGGAUUAUGAAGGAGGGCAGGUAUCCUUCUACAACGCGAAAACCAUGACCCACAUUUACACCUUCAGCAGCACUUUCAUGGAGAAACUUUAUCCCUACUUCUGCCCCUGCCUUAAUGAUGGUGGAGAAAAUAAAGAACCAUUACAUAUAGUGCAUCCACAGGAUUAGUCAUACUAUUGUUUAAAUUCAGAGGAUUAUUAAAGAGGUAUUGAA